AUGGCCUUUUUUCCAGAACAAAACCCCUUCAGGACAGCGUUCCGGCUGGUUCUAAGCUGGCUCAAGGUCUGGGGCGGCCGCAUCGCCCAGGCCGGCACUAGCUCGCGGCGCCAGCAGCGGCCCCGCCAGCCGGACCCGGAGGCGCUGCCCGACAUCACGCUGCAGCCGGUCGACAUGGCGCGGACGAGGCCGCCGCCGCCGCCGCCGCUGCCGCCGCCGCCGUUUGACGAGGCGGUGCUGAGCUGGAUGCGCCUGUGGCACCGGCGCAUGGCCCACAGCAGCCUUGAGGCCCUGCUCACUAUGGGCAAGGGCAUGCCCGGGUGGAUGGAGACGCCGCUCAACCUGCCCGAGGAGGACAGGCUGGCUCCGUAUAGAGAUAAUCUGGACUGCGAGGUCUGCGCCGAGCUGUACGGGACGUCUGGGGGUCCGAGAUCCAAGCCGUCUCUACGCAAGUCUUUCCUUGCGAGGCGUUCAAUGUACAAGGCACGGAAAAAGCCCAUUGCUGUCCCGAGGCGAGAGACGCUUGUAUAUGACAGAUACAACGGUGGGAUGAUUUGA